CAAUGACGGCAUUCGAGCUUCGGCAACUACUACGUGCACGGGGUCGCGACCAAGGAGACCCACCAUCCUCUCAACCACCCGUCACUGCGUGUGCUACGUGGUCGCCGACGGGCGAGUCCAUUGCGUUCGUCGCCUCGAAUGGCCUCUACCCCGUUGCCUCUUUGUUCGAUGACCCGGUCCGCGUCACGAGUCCGGAAACGCCUCCCUCUUCCACGGUGUCCCCGACCGGGUGUACGAAGGAGGGGGGGUUUCUUCAUUCAAUUACGCACUCUGGUUGGCGCCCGACUCCUCCAAGCUUGCAUUCCCCGCGUUCGAUGAGACGGCGGUCGACGCGUACACGUUCCCUCUCUCAGACAACCCGACCAAGGGCGCGCAUACGGUCGUUGCGCUUCUCAUCUCCCGCUUCACCCAAGCCAUUCCAGGAUUCAACUUCACUGUAGAAGACGUUGUGAAGCUCUGAGGAUAUGUCGAUGUUAUCCGCACCCGUACAGACUUCUGCGACAUCUUCAUCGCUGAGGCCGCUGAGGAGUGGCUCAGCCUCGAGUACAUGGAUGACGUCAUGUACUUCUACAGCGUCGGCUACAGCAACCCCAUCGCUCGACAUACUGACCGCGAACGACACCUCCAUCUUCAAUCAGUCGCUCUACAUCUCGUUCACUUACCGAGAGGAGCCUCUGCUCGUCAUGACAGCGCUCGGUCUCUUCAACAACUCGGCAUACUACCCCGGUCUAGACGUCAAUAGCACGAUGCCGAUGGACAGGAACAACUAUGCUCGCGAAGGGAAGACGUCUCACAUCAUUCCCUUCCUGGCUCACGUCG